UUAUGUCCUUUAAUAGUAUUAUAGCGUGUCUGAGAUCAUUAAAUCCUAGUCUAGGAACGAGAGAUAUCGUGUGUAGAGCGCUUAUCUGAAAUUAUAUUUUCUUAAAAAACUAAAUAAUUGUGAAAAUUCUCAAAAAUGGCGUUAACAUUGUACAAAAUGGAUGCCAGUCCACCAGUACGAGCAGUAUACAUGGUAAUCGAGGCGUUGAAGCUGCAUAAUGUGAAAUAUGUUGAAACUGACCUCUUGGCGGAUGAUCACCUUAAGGAUGACUUUCUGAAGAUAAAUCCACAACACACAAUACCACAUUUAACCGAUGGAAACUUCCAACUAUCGGACAGUCAUGCGAUAAUAACAUAUUUAAUGAACAAGUAUGGGAAACAUUCUGAUUUGUAUCCAAGUGACCCGCAGCAGAGAGCUAUGAUUGACCAAAAACUGCACUUCGAUAGCGGUAUCCUCUACCCAGCUUUGAGGGAGAAUGACGAACCUAUUUUCUUCGGAACCGCUACAUCUUUGAAACCCGAAGGUGCAGCCAAAAUCAGAUCAGCGUACAAUUUCACGGAGAAGUUUUUGACUGGAACACAAUGGCUGGCUGGAAACAAACUCACUGUAGCUGACAUAAGCUGUGUAGCAACUGUAAGCACACUCAAUGAGUUACUACAUAUUGAUGAAGCAAUGUACCCCAACAUCUGUGCGUGGGUAAAACGUUGUGCAGAACAUGAAUUUUACAAGAACGGAAACCAGCCAGGGCUUAUGGAGUUUCGUCGGCUUCUGAAAAUAUAUUUGGCACGUUAAAUUGACACAGAAUGAGAUGUUGAUCUCUAAUGUUGAAUUAUAAAAUCUCAUUCUGUGUUGACAGAAUGAGAUUUUAUAAUUACUAUCAACUGUAAUUACCAUACUUCGUGUAAAUAAACGUUAUUCUUAUGAUAAUAUAUAUUCAACGUCGCAAAUUCAACGUGAUUUUAGCAAAGGUGACAUUGGGUGUUUAUUAGCGUAUUACAUACUAAAAGGUUUUCUUUUUGGAUCACGUUGACUGGAUUUU